AUGACAGAAACAAAGUUAAAAAUAGCAAUUCGGAGAUUCUCAUCUCCUUAUAAAAAUGGUAAUUAAGACAAGAAUGACAUUUCUUUUAAUUGUCUAUUUAGAAAUAUUAAUAUGAUAAAUCCUAGAAGAAGAAUGGUUGAGAAGAGAGCACAGUUAAAAACUAAUUCAAAUACAAGACAACAUUCAAAGGAGAAAUCAGUUGAAAUAAAUGGCUAACUUAAUAAACAUAAUUUUCUACUUUAAUAUGUGAUUGGAGUAGGUGGUUUUGGAAGAGUAUGGAAAGUUAGUUAUAAAUAAUAAGUUUAUGCAAUGAAAGAAAUUAGUAAGGCUUUGGUAUUAUUAAAAUAAAGUGUAAAUAGUAUAAUGAGCGAAUUAUAAUUUUUAACUGAAUUAAGACAUAAUUUCUUGAUCAAUGUUUUUUCAGCAUUUUAGGAUAAUUAGAAUUUAUAUUUGGUGUUAGAUUAUUUGGAAGGGGGAGAUCUAAGAUUCCAUUUAGGAAAAAUGAGGAAAUUUUCUGAAGAAUAAACAAGUAUUUAUAAUAUGUAAUAUCUAAAAUAGAAUUUUUUGUAGCAUGUAUAAUAAUUGGUUUGGAGUAUUUGCAUGAGAAUAAUAUAAUACACAGAGAUAUUAAACCAGAAAAUUUGAUUUUAGAUAAUUAAGGAUAUGUACGUAUAACUGAUCUUGGUGUAGCCAUUAAAAAAACUGGUUAAAAUUUUGAAACCAGUGGAACACCUGGAUAUAUGGCACCUGAAGUUAUUUUUAGAUAAGAUCAUGGGGUGGCUGUUGAUUAUUUUGCUUUGGGUGUUAUAUGUUAUGAAUUUAUGACAGGGAGGAGACCAUAUUAUGGGGAUAGAAAAGAAAUUAGAGAAUAAAUAUUAGCUAAAUAAGUUUAGAUUUAAAAUUCUAAUGAAGGUUGGUCAAAUGAAUCAAUAGAUUUUAUAAAUUUACUUAUAUAGAGAAAACCAUAAAAUAGAUUGAUAAAACCAAGAUAACAUAAAUGGUUUAAGAAUUUUCCAUUUGAAUUAUUGGUUUAAAAGAAAUUGAAAGCACCUUUUAUUCCUAAUAAUUCAGAUAAUUUUGAUAAAUCAUAAAUAUUUUAUGAAGAUGAAGAAAAUAAUUAGAUUAUAAGAUUACAUUAACAUUUAAUUAGAGAAAAUUAACAUAUGUUUAUAGGAUAUUAAUAUUCAGAAUAAUAGAAAUAAUUUAUUAUUAAGUCAAGAAAAAAUAGUAUAAACAACACAAAAAUAUUUUAAUUUAAUUGA